GUGGCAAGGCGGCGGGAGGGGCGGCCGGCGCUGCCAGCGGAGGCGGCACCAGGGUGACGCUGCGCCUGCACCCGGUGAAGGCGCGCGGCGACGACAAGCGCCGCGGGGGCGGCGCCGCAGCAUCUCAGGAGGCGUCAGAGGCCGCCGCCCAGUCGUCCGGAGCAAACAGGCCAGGGGCAACAGAAGAAGCGGCAGAGCCGGAGAGUGGCAGCUCGUGUCCGAGCUCUGCAGAUGUUGAGGGUGGCAGUCGGGAGGAAGGUGUUACAGGUGCCGGCAAUGUCAGUGUCGCAGGAGAGACGGGCAGUGCCACUCUGGAUGAUGCUGUCUCUUCUUCUGUUGCACUCAAGAGAACUCAUGAUCCUGACACAGCCCCUGGCGAUAUUGAAGAGGAAGACAAUCGAAGAAAGAAGAGGAAAGAUGGUGAUGGCAAAGUGCGCACAACAAGUGCUACUUUGGCAAGCAAAGGUAUUAAGGCAGGAACUACCACAGUGGGUGGUACUAGCCAAAUGGGCUGCACACCAAUGGCAGGAACCGGGGCAUCGAUAACUCCAGAGGAAGAGUCUGAACGCUCUCCCAAGGUACCACCACUGAAGAUUGUAAUUCCUGCAGCCAGCACUGCAGAUCAGGACCCAGGGGGUGCGCGUGGUAAAGUGGGUGUGCCACGGCAGGCACUGCCAUACGUUGUGGCAUCACAAGAUGGUGCCGGCAGUAGUGGCAGCAGUGCUAAUGCUGAGGAUGCUAUCAGUUCAGAGCAGUCACAGGUGCCGUCCUCUGGUGAGCAGGCCUGUACAUCGACUGGCACCUCUGAGGAAGGAGUACGACCACAGCGUGUGUUGCGUUCUUCCAAUCGUUCUACCUCAAAUGCAUCGUCGCCUGCUCCCAGUGGAUCCUCGCCGCACCAGCCGCAACGUCAGUCUCCUCCUCCUAUAACUACUUCAGACACACUCGAAUCUUCAUCCGGAUCUGUGUCUGCAGGAAUGACACUGACUUCAACAUCAACAACUGUGUCACAACCGGAAAGCAGUGGUGCUCCCAUUUCAAAUUCCAUUCUGACAUCUGGUGGGGCAGUGUCAGAGCAGACAGAUCGUGGCAGUAGUCCACUGUUAAAUUCACAACAGCAACAACAACAACAGCCACAGCAACAAGAGCAGUCACAGAAGGAGGCACAGCAACAGCCAUCAUUACAGUCACCUCAACAGCUGCCGUCCCAGCAGCAGCAGACAUCUCCAGAACAGCUGCAACAGUCACAGCAGCAGCAGCAACAGCAGCAGCCACCCCAGCUGCAACACAUACAGCAAUCUCAGCAACAGCAGCAGCAACAACAGCAACAACCGCAGCCACAGCAGCAGCAACAACAGCAGCAGCCACAACAACAAUCAUUGACACCACAGCAACAGCAGCAACAACAACAGCAACAGCAGCAACAGGCACAGCCAUCAACAACACAGCAGCAACCACAACAACAGCAACAACAAAUUCAUACACAACAGACAACAACUCAUCAGGAAGCUGGCUCAAAUAUGCCAUCUUCAGUGACACAGUCAGCACCAUCUUCCAGUUCAGUAGAACUGCAUCCACGAAAACGCAAGAUGAAGCAGAAUCGUGAUGCUUCCAUGGCUAGCAGCAGUUCUGGAGCUGGUGUUACACCAGUAGCAGUGAGCAGCUCCAGUGGGGUGACAGUAGGACAGGGCUCCAACGUGCAGGUGACAAUUGCCGCACAGGCGUCCUCUGCCGGUUCAGAUGCUUCGGACUCUGGUGGUACUGCUCCUGACGUUCAUCCACAUGACCAACCUAUCACCAACUGUUACCAGUUAUUCCUCAAUAUCCGAAAACAGAUUGAGAGGAGAAGAAAAGGUCUCUUUCCGGUGCAGCCAAAACCACCUCAGGGUUUCAAGGACUAUCUUAUGAAUCGUUGUACUUAUCUAUUGGCUGGUAAUGCGUCAUCUCGAAUGUCAGUUCCAAUGGCAAAUCCACCCCAGAGUCUCAACCCUGCUAUGAAGGAUCUUUUUGUUGAACAAGAAAAGGAAAGGCACCGCUUGCGUAUGCAGCAUGUUAUAGAAAAGGAGAAGCUAGUACUUUCAGUUGAGCAAGAAAUUCUGCGUGUACAUGGACGGGCUGCACGUGCCUUAGCAAAUCAAUCCUUGCCAUUCUCUGUCUGCACUAUUCUCAAGGAUGAAGAAGUCUACAAUGUCAUCACACCUGAACAGGAGGAGAAGGAUCGCAAUGCACGCUCACGCUACAAUGGACGUCUUUUCCUCAGUUGGUUGCAAGAUGUUGAUGAUAAAUGGGAGAAAAUAAAGGAGGCAAUGUUACAGCGGCACCGAAUUGAGGCAGGAGCACUACAUGCAGUUCAGUGUAUGGACUGGGAAUGGAAAAUGAAAGAGCUGAGUUUGUGUGAAUAUAAGGCCCGGCCCAGUAUUGAUGAAAGCCAUGUGCCAAUGGUGUUGGUUAAUGAUGAUUUUGAUCUCUUGCCAGCCUGAGUACGUAUUCCAUUUAAGUUGCAAGCUUGCAUCUCAAAUAGGCUAUAUUACAGAAAUGUAAAAAGGAAGAUGUGGCAACAAAACUGUGAAAGAUCUCCCAGCAUCACAUGUAAGCUACAUACUAUCAGUGUGACACUUCAUUACUUCUUUUCAUUGGUAGUUGCUGUUCUCUUAGCGAGUGUACUUGGGAAUGCUGUUUGUUGGUGCAAAAUUAAUUUUUCUGUGCAUCUUUGUAUUUGUACAUAUGAGAAAUGUAAAAUAAAGAUACUAUUUUUAAAAUGUCUGUUAAUAAAUAGCAUUGUAAUGAAA